AUGAGCAACUCUGACAGUACAGUAAUCGGUGUCAUCUUUCUCAUCCGUCACGGCGAUCGCCAAGGUUUCUAUCAGAACCCGACGAACUACAAUCCUGCGAACACCGUCAUUACUCCCCUCGGACUUAGAGAGGAAUUUAUUACCGGCGAAUAUCUUCGCAACGUUUAUCUGAAUGCAUCCUCUCCAUCCUUCAUCCAGGGCAUCAACAGCACCAUUGCGGACCCUAAUCAGAUCACAGUUGUCGCCGAUGCUGCAGGAGAGGGAGGUGUGAUCAUGAACUCCGCCGAGGCUCUUCUUCAAGGGUUUUUCCCUCCUAAUGCAAAUUAUUCUACUACGUUGGCCAACGGGACGAUCGUCGAAGCUCCUUUGGGUGGAUACCAAGUAAGCUUCGAAUCGGCCUUGGCAGAAAAUGAUGUUUCGCUGGAGGGAUGGACCUCGUGUGCUCCCUUCGACAAGGCUACCUCGGAGUUCUACCAAUCUGCUGAAUUCAACCAAACUGCACAAGAUAAUGCGGAUUUUUUCACCAACCUUCCGCAAUAUUUGGACGGGAGAAGUGAUGUUAACCUAGAGAAUAUGUGGAACAUUUUUGAUUACAUGAACGUGAACUACAUUCACAACGCUACGUUCCGAAGCAAACUCCCACCAACCCUGCUCCCUCAAGCUCGUAAUUUGGCUGCUUUCCAUGAAUACGGGGUGUUCACUUCGCCCCAGUUGGAUGGUAUCGGGAAUAUUGGUUUCCGUACUAUGCUUCCCGGAAUUUUUCAAGGCCUGUCAAGUAUCACGAACAGCUCGGACCCGCUCAAGAUCUACUACAAUGCAAUCGCAUACAAGUCCUUCUUCACUUUGUUCAGAAUGACUGGCGCAGUUGAUCAGAGCCCACAGCUGACAGGACUUGUCAAUUACGCCGCAUCUGUCAGUAUUGAAGUCCGACAGCCUUCGUCUGGCGGCGAGCCCGUCUUGCGAUUGCAGUUCAAAAACGGGACUGAAGAGGACGCUCAAACAACAUUCAACUGGUUCAAUACUUCUGGAGAUAUCCCUGUGUCUACUUUCACAAAUUACUUGGCACCUGUAGCAAUAAACUCCACUGCUGACUGGUGUACCGUUUGCUCAAACACCCAAGACCGAGGCUGUGGAGCAAUUUCCGCAGCUGCUUCACAGGCAGCGAUCGCAGACCAGGUACACCAGCCAAUCAGCCCUGUUGGCGCUGGUUUCCUUGGUGCAGGGCUUGCACUGUUUGUGGCUCUGUGCAUGCUCGGGACGUUAUUCUUCAUUGGUGUGCUGAGCCUAGGCCAACGCAAAGGACGAACCCGUCACAACCAACGCAGCAGUACUCAGAGUUCGGAUGUGCGUGCAUAG